AUGAUCAUGGCUUCUAGGCCCAACUUUGUCUCUAUCCUCAACAAUGACGACCAUCCGUCUUUUACCGUCCGUUCGAGCCCUCGGUUGAUCAGACACCAUUCCUCCUCUUCCUUCGACCCAGUCACUGAAGCGGCCCGCAUUUCUUCGCCUGGAUCGUCCGUGUGCUCCUACGAUUAUGCCACUAGCAGCUAUGGCUCCUACUUCCAACCUAAUCCUUCCUCUGCCUCCGACUCCUACUUCCCUCCGACUUCCUCGACUGCACCAUCCGAGCAUGUUCGCAGCGCUACUUCCGCAGACCCUCCCUCGCCGUCGUCCAUCAGUGCCCCCAAAGACUCUCCUUCGACUUCGACCAUCUCCUCCUUCUCCUCCACCACCACCACCACAACCGAAACCACCGCAAGUGCCAAGCGAGGCGUUCGCAAGAACAAAUACCCUUGUCCAUACGCCGCAAGUCACAAUUGUUCUUCCACAUUCACCACCUCCGGGCAUGCAGCACGGCAUGGCAAGAAGCAUACGGGCGAGAAGAGUGUGCAUUGUCCGAUCUGCAACAAGGCGUUUACCAGAAAGGAUAACAUGAAGCAACAUAUCAGGACGCAUCGCAACCUUUCAGAGGAGAACACUACCCCAGGCGCGGGUUCAGGGUCAGGGAGGGAGAGUGGUUCUAGCACCCCGACAAGCGGGUGGUCAGCCCGGAGGACAAGCCCGGCGGCGUAUCAGCAUCAGCAUCAUCGGCCGAUAAGUCAGUCGGAUGGGAAGGAGUUUCUGAGUGUCAGACAUGCGCCAUAUUGA